GCUCCCGGAAGUGGCCGGAUCCGAAACGCAGGCUGAGCGGACCUCUGUCAGCCAGUCAGUCCGCUCGUCCGGUACCCCGCGCGCCUCGGCCUUCGUCGCCGUCCCGCGGUCCCUUUGGCCCGAAGGGCGGCCGAGGCGCUCGCCAUGGCGACGUUCGUCUCAGUGCAGCUGAAGAAGACCUCGGAGGUGGACCUGGCCAAGCCGCUGGUGAAGUUCAUCCAGCAGACGUACCCGAGCGGCGGGGAGGAGCAGGCCCAGUACUGCCGCGCGGCGGAGGAGCUCAGCAAGCUGCGCCGCGCCGCGCUCGGCCGCCCGUUGGACAAGCACGAGGGCGCGCUCGAGACGCUGCUGAGAUACUAUGAUCAGAUCUGUUCCAUUGAACCCAAAUUCCCAUUUUCUGAAAACCAGAUCUGCUUGACAUUUACCUGGAAGGAUGCUUUUGAUAAAGGUUCACUUUUUGGAGGAUCUGUAAAAUUGGCUCUUGCAAGCCUAGGAUAUGAAAAGAGCUGUGUGUUGUUCAAUUGUGCAGCCUUAGCUAGCCAGAUUGCAGCAGAACAGAACCUGGAUAAUGAUGAAGGAUUGAAAAUCGCUGCUAAGCAUUAUCAGUUUGCUAGUGGUGCCUUUUUGCAUAUUAAAGAGACAGUUUUAUCUGCCUUGAAUAGAGAGCCUACUGUGGACAUAUCUCCAGAUACCGUUGGGACUCUCAGUCUUAUCAUGCUGGCACAGGCCCAAGAAGUAUUCUUUUUAAAAGCCACGAGAGAUAAAAUGAAAGAUGCUAUCAUAGCUAAAUUGGCUAAUCAGGCUGCAGAUUAUUUUGGUGAUGCUUUUAAACAGUGUCAGUACAAAGAUACUCUCCCCAAGUAUUUUUAUUUCCAGGAGGUGUUCCCUGUCUUGGCUGCAAAGCACUGUAUCAUGCAGGCCUAUGCUGAGUACCACCAGUCUAUCCUGGCAAAACAGCAGAAGAAAUUUGGAGAAGAGAUUGCAAGGUUACAGCAUGCGGCAGAAUUGAUUAAAACAGUGGCAUCUCGCUAUGAUGAAUACGUCAACGUGAAGGAAUUUUCUGACAAAAUCAACCGUGCCCUUACUGCAGCAAAGAAGGAUAAUGACUUCAUUUAUCAUGAUCGAGUUCCAGACCUUAAAGAUCUAGACCCUAUUGGCAAAGCCACACUUGUGAAAUCUACGCCAGUCAGUGUACCCAUCAGCCAGAAAUUCACCGAUCUGUUUGAGAAGAUGGUUCCUGUGUCAGUGCAGCAGUCUUUGGCUGCCUGUGGUCAGAGGAAAGCUGAUUUAGUUAACAGAUCAAUUGCUCAAAUGAGAGAAGCCACCACUUUGGCAAAUGGGGUGUUAGCUUCACUUAAUCUUCCAGCAGCAAUUGAAGAUAUAUCUGGAGAUACUGUACCUCAGUCUAUACUGACUAAGUCCACAUCUGUGAUUGAACAGGGAGGCAUCCAGACUGUUGAUCAGUUGAUCAAAGAGCUACCUGAACUUCUACAAAGAAAUAGAGAAAUCCUAGAUGAGUCACUAAGACUGUUGGAUGAAGAAGAAACAACUGACAAUGAUUUAAGAGCAAAAUUCAAGGAACGCUGGCAAAGGACGCCAUCCAAUGAACUCUAUAAGCCUUUAAGAGCAGAGGGAAGCAACUUCAGAACUGUUUUGGAUAAAGCUAUGCAAGCAGAUGGACAGGUGAAAGAGCGUUACCAGGCUCACCGGGACACCAUUGCACUUCUGUGUAAGCCGGAGCUGGAGCUGAAUGCUGCCAUCCCGUCUGCUAACCCAGCGAAGACAAUGCAGGGCAGCGAGGUUGUAAAUGUCUUAAAAUCCUUACUGACAAAUCUUGAUGAAGUAAAGAAGGAAAGAGAGGGGCUGGAGAAUGACCUGAAAUCAGUGAAUUUUGACAUGACGAGCAAAUUUUUGACUGCUCUGGCUCAAGAUGGUGUGAUAAAUGAGGAAGCUAUUUCUGUUACUGAACUGGAUCGAAUCUAUGGGGGUCUUACAGCUAAAGUCCAAGAAUCUCUAAAGAAACAAGAAGGACUUCUUAAAAAUAUUCAGGUCUCACACCAGGAAUUUUCAAAAAUGAAGCAGUCUAACAGUGAAGCUAAUUUAAGAGAAGAAGUUUUGAAGAAUUUAGCUGUUGCGUAUGACAACUUUGUUGAACUUGUAGCUAAUUUGAAGGAGGGCACAAAGUUUUACAAUGAGCUGACUGAAAUACUCAUCAGGUUCCAGAACAAAUGCAGUGAUAUAGUGUUUGCACGGAAGACAGAGAGGGAUGAACUCUUAAAGGAUUUGCAACAAAGCAUUGCCAGAGAACCUAGUGCUCCUUCAAUUCCUACACCUGCGUAUCAGUCCUCUCCAGCAGGGGGACACACGCCAACGCCUCCAACUCCAGCGCCAAGAACCAUGCCGCCUACUAAGCCCCAGCCCCCAGCCCGGCCUCCACCUCCUGUGCUUCCAGCAAAUCGAACUCCUCCUGCUACUGCUCCAGCUCCAGCUCCAGCGAGCACUGGGACCACUGCACCAGCUCCAUCACAAACUCCUGGUUCAGCUCCCGCUCUGCAGGCCCAGGGACCCCCAUACCCCACCUAUCCAGGGUAUCCCGGGUAUUGCCAAAUGCCCAUGCCCAUGGGCUAUAAUCCUUACGCGUACGGCCAGUAUAAUAUGCCAUAUCCGCCAGUGUAUCACCAGAGCCCUGGACAGGCUCCAUACCCAGGACCCCAGCAGCCUUCAUACCCCUUCCCUCAGCCCCCACAGCAGCCUUACUAUCCACAGCAGUAGUGUGUCAGCUCAGAAGCUCAGCUGGUUCAGCUCAGAGGGAAAGAAAGACCAACCCUGCAAUAAGUGUACUAAACCCUACGCUCUGGUUAAUAUAACCUACUCUGAUGUACUGAACGCAGUGUGUAAUUUCUGUCUGCGGCUAGAAGCUGUGCCCCAGUUCCACAUUUGAUUGCACAUGGGCCAUUUGCUGCUGUUGCAGUAUAAAGACUAAGUGUAAUAGGAUUUGAAAUAAAUUACAUUACAGUUCAUAAAAGUUGAAAAUGAGAAAUUAAACCCACAAGUGAAACGUUUGAAAUUAUUAUACUUAGUUCUACAUAAGACAUGAUUGGAACAUCAGAGGCUUACAAUGAUGGUUUCAGUACUGAUAUUCAAGAAAACUAAGUUAUCUUUCUCUUUUGGUUUAUUGAUUUGGUUUAAUUUUCAUUAUGCUAUUUUGCAUAAUCAAAACAUUGUAAAUCUUAUAAUUUAAAAAUAAAUUCCUUAAGAACA